CCAGCGCGAAUGCACGAUCUUAAAAGUUAAUUUUAACAUCCCAGAUCGUACACGAUUUGUUGUACGAAUUAAAUGUAAACCGCAAAAUAUAAAAAUAUUUAAAAUAUAAAAAGUGAUAUUGUAUAAAAAUAAACGAACGAAAAUGUCGUCACCGAAAAGUAUCUUAGCAUGUCUAAUAAUUUUAGCACUUUUACUAACGAAAGCGGAAAGCAAAUCGGUUUUCGGUAUUGGCAUGCGAAUAAUUGGUGAUCAGAUAUUGGUCAAAGAUAUUUUGAAUUCACGCCCGGCGCCGAUUGAUGAACAUCCAGAAAUUAGCUUCUGCUACGCUAUAGUUGAACCUAUCACUUAUAUUCAGAUACAAUCGGAUGAAAAUGUCCUGGCUGAAGUAAACUUCAGUUAUCAUAAUGACCUCGUCAAUGGUACCGUGACGGCAGUCAAUGCCACGAAAGCCACAGCACACAUACCGCGGCAGUUUGAAGUACUAAUUACGAUAUACGGUUUUAAUGAAACGAUGUUAAAUGUAAAUCCAGCUUAUAUACUAAAUAAAAACCAAGAAUUUGAUGGUGUGCUUGAGCCAAAUAUUGAAGAAGAUACUCAAUAUGAAGAUGAUGACAUUGAUAUCGAUGGUGAAAAUGAUUAUGUGAAUGCCAACCACGCAGCUAAAGUUAAUGAGCGUAGCUUAGCUAAAAAAGGACUUGAAUGGAAUGAAAAUGACGAUGAUGAUGAUGAUGAUGAAGGUAAUGAUGAUGCACUGGCCGAACAUUUUGAGGGUGUUAAUGCGCAUAAUGAAGAUGAAGCUGAAUUUCCAACUGACUUUAAUAGUACGGAUAAAGUGCUAGAACUUGGUAAACGUCAACAAGGUGAUUAUUUGCUUUAUGACACUUUUCAAACCUCAAAGAAUACCACAAUGAUACCAACAAUGCAUUCAGUUGUCUUCUAUUACAUUGAUAGCGAUUUCAUUACUUACAUAAAAUUUGUUGUUUAUGAACACAUAAUUACCGAGUCGGAUGCAGUAGAAGAUACUGUAGUCGCUGAAUACAGUCAUUACACUCCCAACUCAAUCAAAGCACUUAUAAUAGAUCACAAAUCGACUUCGUUAUUCGUGCAAAUGUUCGUCUAUGGUUUCAAAUUAAUCGAUCGUCCAUUGGAAUAUGUGCCAUACGUAGCAUACAUAACCAGUAUAUACUAUAGGGAAAAUAAUGAAGCAACAAUGUCACCAUCACAACGUCUGCGUAAGCUUAUGAACUCCUUUCAAAACACAGAGUCACCGACUACUAACACGGCAGAUACACCAGUUACUCCAGAUACAAAUACAACAUUUGCAGUGGAGUUGAAUGGUUUGAAAAAUGUGCUGUGCAUGGAAAGGAGUGAACUUUUAACCGGUGGUGGCGCAACUUUAUCAGCAUCAACUAUUUUAUUGCUCUUUUCACCGCUGGGAAUGACUUUAAUGAGCACAUUGUGCAGCACAGUGAUUUCCUCAUGCACAACGCGCAUUUAAUAUGAAUUAUUGGUUAUGAAGAGUGAUUGUAUAAUUGUUAAUUGUAAGUAAAUGUAAUUAUCUUUAAAGUAUUAAUUGUUCAACAUUGGAGAAUAAAAAUGAGAUAUUUAUUUAAA